UUCAGAGUAUAGAAAGUCAGUUUCACACAAAAGCAUUGUAAAUUGAAUCAACAUAUACCGCACUUAAAAAAAGGUGAAACGUAUCCGUAACCUUAAUCUACCAACUUCUGGUUUCAAUCAUCGAUUACUUCACGCUCUGCUCCUUACACUUCCUUAGCACACAAGCUACCUCUUGGUUAAACACAAACUAACCAAAGAUUAAAGUUACGAAGAGACUUGCGCUACAACUUUAUUUCGUCGUGAGAUCAUGAUGAUACUUCAUUAUGAGGUUUCUGGAGUCCUUCCUUCGUAUUAAUUGCUUGAAAAUGGGGCUUAGUAGUUCUCAAUUAGAGAAAGAGAUUGCCAAUGAUCAACUUCUCAGUGGAGAACGAUAUUUUGGGCUGGUAAACUUCGGAAAUACAUGCUAUUGUAAUUCAGUUAUACAAGCUUUGUUCUUUUGUAAGCCGUUUCGAGACAAAGUCUUACAAUACAACGACCGAGCAAAACACCCCAAAAAGGAAACCUUAUUGACAUGUCUUUCAGAUCUUUUUUAUUCAGUUGUAUCUCAGCAAAGAAGAGUGGGCCAAAUGCGUCCCAAGAAAUUCAUACAAAAGUUGAAGCGGGAGAAUGGAUUAUUUGAUAACUAUUUACAACAGGAUGCUCAUGAGUUCCUAAAUUAUCUUUUAAACAAAAUAGCUGACAUAAUAAGAGCUGAACAACAGUCAAAUGGGGUAGAAGAUGCAGGAGAUUCGAAUGAUUGUGAAGUGAUUGGUGCUUCUGAAAGUAAUAGAAAGCAUGGUAGUCAAAAUUGGAUUCAUGAAAUUUUCCAGGGAAGCCUAACCAAUGAAACUAGAUGCCUUAACUGUGAUAACGUUCGCACUAAAGAGGAAAAUUUCCUCGACCUAUCAGUUGAUGUCGGAGAAAACGUUGAUAUUUCUUAUUGUCUCCGUUGCUUUUCCGAUACUGAAACGAUGCGUUCAGACAACAAGUAUUACUGUGAAUUUUGUCGUUGCAAACAGGAAGCUCAGAGGCGGAUGCGCAUUAAAAAGCCGCCUUUACUUCUGGCCUUGCAUUUAAAGCGAUUCAAAUAUUCAGAAAAUCUCAAUCGAUUUAUCAAGCUAUCCUACAGAGUUGCGUUCCCUAUGGAAUUAAGACUGUUUAAUACGUCUAGCGAUUCAUCUAAUGCUGAUCGCCUAUAUAAUCUUAUGGCCGUUGUGGUUCACUCAGGUUCUGGACCGAAUCGUGGACACUAUGUAACACUUGUGAAGUCUCAUGGCCUAUGGUUUUUGUUUGAUGACGAACUUGUUGAAAAAAUUCAUCGUACCAAUAUUGAAGACUUUUUUGGCUCGUCUACGGAAACCUCGAAAUCUUCUUAUACAGCUUACAUUCUUUUCUAUUUAGACGCUAAAGUUGCUUCAAGUACAUCGACAGCUACUGAUACUGUUUCCACAAUAAUUAAUAAUAGUACCAGUGGUGUUGGCAGUAGUAAUGGUAGUCCCACCAGUUCAAUAUCAUCUUGAUGUAUUGACCAACUAGAUUCUAUUAUUCUCUUUUGUUUCUGUCUUUUACUCUAUCAUUAACUUUUUGUAGCUUUUCAUUUAGCAUUUUACAUUUCCAUCUUUAUUCUCGAUUAAAUUUAAAAUUCCAUCUGUGUUUGUGAGCCUUCCACAUAUAUAUGUAUAUUGAAUGUGCAAUUAGAUAAUAUCUACUAACUUUAUUUUUGAGUGUGUAUAUAUUUGUGUAUUUGAGAAUAGAUCUGAAUAAAGUGCUAUUCAAAAAAUA